AUGUCCUCAAACGGCCAAGCAUCAUCAAAGAACCUCAAUGGGACGGACAGCAAGCUCAGCGCAGACAAUUUGAGGAAGGUGCCGGACGACAGCGGCCGCGGCGCUGACCGGUUCGCCAACUCGUCCUCGGCAGAUUCACCAUACUUUGCCCGCGCAGCAAUGGAGAACCGUGCACAGCAUAUGAGUGAGCUAAAAAGUCAACUGAACGCAACGGACGCGCUUCUGAAGAAGUGA